AUGUCAGACCAAGCAGGAUCAACUGAUACAUCUGCCUCAUCUGAUCUUAAAGCUGGCCAUGCUCCAGCUACUAAAGUCGGUGGUAUGCGUGUUGGUGCACCUCGACCAAGACAUACAUCACAUGGUGAAGAGAAAGAAGCUGGUGAUAAUGUAGAAGGUGGUCAAGAAACUUCAGGCGAUAAAGCUGCAAGUGGUGCUAAUGAAGGACAAAGUGCUGGUGCUGCCACUGGUGAAGGUGCUGAUGAUGAAGAAGCUUCCGCAGCUGUUGCUAACCGUGCAGCUGGUGAAAUGGUUUCAGGAACAUUUGUACCAAUUCAAAAGGCCUUUCCAGCUGAAGCUGUAAAACAUAUUCAUGAUAAACCUGGUACACACCCUAAACAUGAAUUUCAUGCCAAUCCUAGAAAUGAAGCUCAACAAUAUAUUAAUCAACCACGCAAAUAG